UACUAAUUACUAUGAUCAUCGGAGGGGUACCCUACUUAUCCAAAUUUGUUUCAAUCAGUCUCUUCCACCCAUUCACUGCACACUCUCUCUUUUCCACUACCAUUUUCUCCUUUUAUCUCCUCCAAGUUUAGAAGAGCAAAAUUGGGAGACUAAAUAUUUUGCAGGUGACAUUGGGAGUCAGCAAUUUGUCUUUUGUUACAAUCUGUUUGAGAUGGAAAUCAACAACAAGGAUGAAUCAAAUAACAAUGCUACUAAGUCAAGAGAUGAAGAAAUCAAAGAGAUUUAUGAUCGAAUGGUAGAAUCUGUUAACCAUUCUAUAUCUCGAGAAAUUUCAAUAAGUACAUCAUUUUCUAGAGAACGUAGCAUAUACAUGGUUCCCAAGCUUUUGCGCAAUGGAAACCCAAAAGCGUAUAGUCCCCAAGUUAUUUCCAUCGGUCCUCUUCAUUAUUAUCGCACUCAAAAUGACUUGACAAUUAAAGAGAAAAAAGGCAGCUAUGUUCUAAACUUUCUUACUGUCGCAAAACUGGGUUGGAAUGAGAUGAUAAACAAAUUUUUAUGUUGGGAAGAAAGAGCCCGCAACUAUUAUGUGGAAACCAUCAAAAUGGAAAGAGAUGAGUUCAUACAACUUCUAAUCUAUGACAGUUGUUUCGUGGUUAUGUAUAUCAUCGGCUCUAUGGUUGCCGAGUUUCGGGACCUCGACACAUCGUUUUUAUGGAGAUUCAGUAAUGGAAUAUUUAAGGAUCUUCUUCUACUUGAAAACCAACUUCCUUUCUUCCUUCUCCAUCAUCUUUACAACUUGUGUGCCUUUGCUCAACCUUCACUGAAAGAUAUCUCUUUCAUUGAAUUACUGCGUGGAUAUUUCACUGAAGUUCGUGAAGGGAUGAGUUAUGUCAAUGAAGGCUAUUUGGACAUAGACGCUAAUGAAGUGAACCAUCUUGUUGAUUUUCUAAGAAUACAUUUAACCCAACCUCGUCAUAUUCCACAUUUCUUAGACUUUUCGGUCGACGAUUUCCUCUCGAGUUGGCCGCUCACUGCCACUGAGCUUCACGAUUGUGGCAUUUCUUUCCAUGGUCAAAAGAGAUGCAUGAUGAACGUGAAUUUUAGAGAACGUAACGGAGUUCUCAAAAUGCCGAAGAUCAUAAUAGAUGACAGUUUCGAAAUCCUUUUUAGAAACAUGAUAGCUUAUGAAUAUUGUCAUUUGAAGAGUAAGGAUGUAAGUAACUUUGGUAUGUUCAUGCAUUUUUUGAUAAACACCAACAAGGAUGUGAGUUUGCUUGUUGACGAUGGGAUUAUACAAAACCAUCUGGGAAGCACAAGAGAAAUUGUUGUGUUGUUUAAUGACCUUUGUAAGAACAUCAUGGUUGAAAGGAAUUUGUACAGCAUUGAGUGUAGGAAAAUGAAAGAAUAUUGCAAGCAUCGUCGACAUCGGUGGAUGACUUCGUUGAAACGCGACUAUUUUGGUACGCCAUGGGCCUUUAUCUCCUUUGUCGCUGCUGUCCUCCUCCUUUUACUCACUCUCUUACAAACUGUGGUAGCUUUCGUUGCAUUAUAUAAGUGAUGACAUCCCAUGAUCUUUGGAGAUAUGUUGUUGCUUAGCUGUAAAACAGUUGAUUAUAUAUAUAUGUUCUCAAAAUCAUUUCCAAAAACACAGCCAAGAGCACGGCAAAGAAGUUGUCUCACUCUUACUUUGUAAUUCAAAA